UCAGAGCAGUUCUCUUCUCUGGCGUCCUUGCGAGCACCACGAUUUCAUCGGGCUCAAAAUAAAACGUUUGUAAUAGAAGCAGCGAAAGCGCCAUGGAGGCAUUUUUUUCGGGCAAACGAGCGGUGGUCACUGGUGCUGCGCAAGGGAUGGGGGCACGGAUCGCAACUGACUUGGCGAAGUUUGGGGCUACUGUGAUUGCUGUAGACCUCGACGCAGAAAAACUGACUGAACUACAGAAGCAAGUGAGCAACGUUAUUCCAGUGGCCGUAGACUUGUCCGACUGGGAUGCUACACAGCGUGCUUUGGCCGACAUUGGUGACGUCGACUUGCUAGUGAACAACGCUGGCAUCACUAAACUAGAAGCAUUUGGGGAAAUUGAGCCAGAUAGUAUUGACAAAAUUUUUGCCGUGAACUUCAAGGCUGCAGUGAACAUCUCGCAAAUGUGCGUGCGAUCCAUGAAAUCCCGAGGAGUGCCUGGGGCCGUGGUGAAUGUAUCGAGCCAGUCCGCACUUGUGGCGCUACCUGAGCAUGCUGUGUACUGUGGCAGUAAGGCUGCCCUCGACAUGCUUACCAGAGUCAUGGCGCUCGAGCUGGGCCCAUACAAUAUUCGCGUGAAUUCGGUGAAUCCGACCGUUACCAACACCGCCAUGGGCGUGGCCGUUUGGGAGCAAUACCCGGAAAAGGCGGCUACCAUGAAAGGGAAGAUCCCAUUGGGCCGAUUUGCAGAGACAAAGGAAAUAUCAGAUGUGGUGCUCUUUCUUCUCAGCGAUAUGGCAUCCAUGGUAACAGGGGUGGUACUGCCUAUUGAUGGUGGCUACACAGCUGUCUGAAAAUGUAUUUUCUGCUAGACAAUAUGCUUUCAGUGAAGUGAACGCGUAGAAUGAAUAAAAUUUUCCAAAGAGGAUGUACAUUGGGUUGUUGUGCGAAUAAAUUGAAAGUAAUUUAUUUU